AUGGCGCAUAUUUACGAGGUUGGGACACGGGCCUGGCAGCCUGAUCCCACCGAAGGAUGGGUUGCAUCCGAGGUGACGGAGAAGUUGGUCGAUGGUGACAAGGUGCAGCUGGUGUUUACGUUGGAAAAUGGAGAGACGAAAACCGUGGAGACCACGCAGGCUGAGCUGCAGGUGGACAACAACCCAAACCUACCACCCUUAAUGAACCCGGCCAUGCUCGAGGCCAGCGAAGACCUUACGAACUUGUCCCACCUGAACGAGCCCGCAGUCCUCCAGGCUAUCAAACUCCGCUAUGCGCAAAAGGAAAUAUAUACAUACAGUGGAAUCGUCCUUAUCGCAACCAACCCUUUCGCCCGGGUCGACUCGCUAUAUGUCCCACAGAUGGUGCAGGUGUAUGCUGGGAAACACCGAGCGUCGCAGGCCCCUCAUUUGUUUGCAAUCGCCGAAGAGGCAUUUGCUGACAUGUUGCGGGAUGGCAAGAAUCAGACGAUCGUGGUUUCUGGCGAGUCUGGUGCCGGAAAAACCGUGAGUGCCAAAUACAUCAUGCGAUACUUCGCAACGCGCGAAUCUUCGGACCAGCCUGGAAAAUACACCAGCAGCCGAGCGGACGCGAUAAGUGAAACCGAAGAGCAGAUCUUGGCGACGAAUCCUGUCAUGGAAGCUUUUGGUAACGCCAAAACUACGCGAAACGACAACUCUUCACGAUUUGGAAAAUAUAUCGAGAUCAUGUUUGACGACAAGACUAACAUCAUUGGCGCAAAGAUCCGGACGUAUCUUUUGGAAAGAUCUCGCUUGGUGUUCCAGCCGCUCAAGGAGCGCAACUAUCACAUUUUCUACCAACUGGUCGCUGGUGCAACAGAUGCAGAGAAGCAGGAGCUUGGUCUCGGGUCUGUGGAAGAUUUCGACUACCUGAACCAGGGUGGCACUCCCACGAUCGAUGGCGUGGAGGAUGAUGCGGAGUUCGCCGCAACCAGGAAAUCCCUGAGCACUAUCGGUGUGUCCGACGAUACUCAGGCCGAGAUAUUCCGUGUUCUUGCCGCCCUUCUCCAUCUUGGAAAUGUCAAAAUCACGGCAACUCGGACAGAAUCCAGCCUGUCUUCCGAAGAGCCUUCCCUGGUCCGAUCAUGUCAAAUGUUGGGAAUCGACGCCAGUGAAUUCGCCAAAUGGAUCGUCAAGAAACAGCUGAUUACAAGAGGAGAGAAGAUCACUUCGAACCUGACGCAGCAGCAGGCCUUGGUUGUCAGGGAUUCCGUUGCGAAGUUCAUAUACUCUAGCCUUUUCGAUUGGCUCGUCGACAAGAUCAACAAGGGCCUGGCAACCGACCAAGUGCUGGACAAGUUCAACGCUUUCAUCGGUGUCCUCGAUAUUUACGGAUUCGAGCACUUCGCCAAGAACUCGUUCGAACAGUUCUGCAUCAAUUACGCCAACGAGAAGCUGCAGCAAGAGUUCAACCAGCAUGUGUUCAAGCUCGAGCAGGAAGAAUAUGUUCGUGAAGAGAUUGAUUGGACUUUUAUUGACUUCUCGGACAACCAACCAUGCAUCGAUCUGAUUGAGGCGAAGCUAGGCAUCCUGUCCCUUCUGGAUGAGGAGUCCAGGUUGCCCAUGGGCUCUGAUGAGCAGUUCGUGACGAAAUUGCACCAUAAUUUUGCUGCAGAUAAGCAAAAGUUCUACAAGAAACCACGGUUUGGCAAAUCAGCGUUUACCAUAUGCCACUAUGCUGUGGACGUGACUUACGAAUCCGACGGCUUCAUCGAAAAGAACAGAGAUACCGUCCCGGAUGAGCACAUGGAAGUUCUUCGCAAUUCUUCGAAUGCGUUCGUGAAAGAGAUCCUGGACACCGCUGCUGCUGUCCGUGAGAAGGAUUCGGCUUCUAUUUCUUCCAAAGCCGUCACUGCACCUGGACGCAAGGUCGGCGUGGCGGUCAAUCGCAAACCCACGUUAGGAGGAAUCUUCAAGUCUUCGUUGAUUGAGCUGAUGAAUACCAUCAACUCCACGGAUGUGCAUUAUAUCCGUUGUAUCAAACCCAACGAAGCGAAGGAGGCAUGGAAGUUCGAAGGACCAAUGGUGCUCAGUCAGCUGAGGGCCUGCGGUGUUCUCGAGACUGUUCGCAUCAGUACGGCUGGAUACCCCACACGCUGGACGUAUGAAGAGUUUGCUAUUCGGUACUACAUGCUCUGCCAUUCCUCCCAAUGGACCUCAGAAAUUAGGGAUAUGUGCCAUGCCAUCUUGCAAAAAGCGCUUGGGGACACCAACCAACAGAAACAUGAUAAAUACCAGUUGGGUUUGACCAAGAUCUUCUUCCGGGCAGGCAUGCUUGCUUUCCUUGAGAACCUUCGGACGUCCAGGCUGAACGAGUGCGCCAUUAUGAUUCAAAAGAAUCUGCGGUGCAAAUACUACCGCCGUCGUUACCUCGAAGCACGUGAUUCCGUCCUCUCCACGCAAGCCCUGAUCAGAGGAUUUCUUGCAAGGAGACGUGCAGCGGAGAUUCGCCGAAUUAAGGCUGCCACGACUAUCCAGCGGGUUUGGCGAGGGCAAAAGGAGCGGAAGAAUUACAACCGCAUCCGUGACAAUUUCAUUCUGUUCCAGUCGGUUGCCAAGGGCUUCCUCUGCCGCCGUAAUAUCAUGGACACCAUCCAUGGCAAUGCGGCGAAGAUUAUCCAGCGCAACUUCCGCUCUUGGCGGCAACUGCGUGCUUGGCGGCAGUACCGCCGUAAGGUGGUUAUCGUCCAGAGCCUGUGGAGAGGCAAGCAGGCGAGACGCGAGUACAAGAAGCUGAGAGAGGAUGCACGGGAUCUGAAACAGAUCUCUUACAAACUGGAGAACAAGGUCGUGGAGUUGACCCAAUACCUCGAAUCCUUGAAGCGUGAGAACAAAUCGCUCAACUCCCAACUUGAGAACUACGAGACUCAAGUCAAAUCCUGGAGGAGUCGACACAACGCUCUGGAGAACCGCUCAAGAGAGCUUCAGGCGGAAGCCAAUCAAGCUGGUAUCACAGCUGCUCGGCUGACCGCAUUGGAGGAUGAAAUGGCCAAGUUGCAGCAAAAUCACAAUGAUGCGCAAGCAACUAUUCGGCGUCUCCAGGAAGAGGAGAAGGUCUCCCGCGAGGCAAUUCGCGCAGCGAACGAGGAAUUGGAUAGACUCAAGCAGAUGAAUACCGAGGCCGAGAAUGAAAAGGCGACUCUUCGCCAGCAAGUGGCGGAGCUGGAAGAGCAGCUGGAGAUUGCAAAGAGAAGUGUACCUGUGAAUGGUGUGAACGGUGAUCAGAAUGGUGGGCCCAUUCAGCCACCUGCAAGUGGAUUGAUCAACCUUGUUUCGUCCAAGAAACCCAAGCCUAAGAGACGCAGCGCGGGUGCGGAGAGAAUUGACACUGACCGGUUCAGUGGUGCUUAUAACCCGCGCCCUGUGUCUAUGGCAAUUCCUAGUGGGUUGAGCCGCCAGAACUUUGGUGGUGCUGCCCUCUCUCCCGGACUAGACUCGGUCGAGGCAGAGCUGGAGAAUCUGCUGUCAGAGGAGGACGAGCUCAACGAGGAAGUCACCAUGGGCCUGAUUCGCAAUCUCAAGAUUCCCUUGCCUAGUUCCACUCCGCCGCCGACGGAGAAGGAGGUCCUGUUCCCGGCCUACCUGAUCAACCUGGUCACUUCGGAGAUGUGGAACAACGGCUUUGUCAAGGAGUCUGAGCGGUUCCUUGCCAAUGUCAUGCAGUCGAUCCAACAGGAGGUCAUGCAGCACGAUGGGGACGAUGCUAUCAACCCCGGGGCAUUCUGGCUCUCCAAUGUGCACGAAAUGCUUUCCUUUGUCUUCCUGGCUGAGGAUUGGUAUGAGGCCCAGAAAACCGAUAACUACGAGUACGACCGUCUGCUCGAGAUUGUGAAGCACGACCUGGAGAGUCUGGAAUUCAACAUCUACCACACGUGGAUGAAGGUGUUGAAGAAGAAACUCUAUAAGAUGAUUGUUCCUGCGAUCAUUGAGUCCCAGUCUCUUCCAGGCUUCGUUACGAGCGAGACGAAUCGGUUCCUAGGAAAGCUUCUUCCGUCCAACAACAACCCCGCAUACAGCAUGGACAACCUCCUGAGCCUUUUGAACAAUGCCUACAAGGCAAUGAAGGCCUUCUAUCUCGAGGAUAGCAUCAUCAUACAAACGGUCACUGAGCUCCUCAAGCUCGUGGGUGUCACCGCUUUCAACGAUCUCCUGAUGAGGAGAAACUUCCUCUCGUGGAAGCGGGGCCUGCAAAUCAACUAUAACAUAACCCGUAUUGAGGAGUGGUGCAAGAGCCAUGACAUGCCAGAGGGAACCUUGCAACUGGAACAUCUGAUGCAAGCAACCAAACUCCUGCAGCUCAAGAAGGCCACGCUCAAUGAUAUUGAGAUCAUCCAGGAUAUCUGUUGGAUGCUCUCUCCCAACCAGAUCCAGAAGCUACUGAACCAAUAUCUGGUGGCGGAUUAUGAACAACCCAUCAACGGAGAAAUUAUGAAGGCUGUAGCCUCCCGCGUUACCGAGAAGAGCGAUGUGCUGCUGUUGACCCCUGUGGACAUGGAAGACAGCGGCCCGUACGAGAUCGCUGAGCCGCGAGUGAUCACGGCUUUGGAGACUUAUACUCCGUCCUGGCUCCAAACGCCGCGACUCAAGCGUCUCGCCGAGAUUGUGUCAGCCCAAGCUAUGGCACAGCAGGAAAGGCUUGAGAUGGCGGAACAUGGCCCAAUUGCUGCCGAGUAA